AAGUAACAGAACUCAAAAGAGAUUAGGUGUAAUGUUUUAUGGACUCGUGUAUUUUUGUACGACUUGUAUUCCCCUAUUGUUAUUUACAUAAAAAAAAAGUGCUCAAGUAACUCAAGAAACAUGUUCUAUUAUAAACAAAAACGCCAGAAUACGUCCUGUCUGCACGCAGCCUAAGCAACAAGGCGCUUGUCUCUGUAUCUAUUCUUUUGUUUUGUGUUCCCGGGGGAGCUGCUGUGAGACUGUCUUACUGAACACGAUCAGGACAGCUGGGACUCGAACUAAACACUAAUGUCAUGUUUCCUGUCACAUGCAGAUGGACGCUGAUGUGGAGGCGAGCAGUGAAAUAGAUGAAAUCCUCCAGCAGAUCGCGGAAUUGGAUAAAUGGAGAGAGAUAUUUAACUCCCGCGGGUCGGAAUUACCACAGGGCUAUCUUAAAAGACCUAGUGAGAAGAUCAAAUCUGAAGAGGACAGUGAGGACUCUUCAAGGCCGGCCACCUCGGCCCAUCACGUCAGCGCACAGAACGAGCAGUUUACAGCACCCUACUCCAUUCCUCAAACCCUCACAGUGUCUCUGAGUCUGGGUGGGCAACCGCUGUCACCAGAGCUGGCGGUGAGUCUAAGAAAUAUUUUGUUUGGAAACACCUUCCAUGUAUUCAACUAUGAGUGGAAGAAAUCAUUUUUCAAGUUUCGGGAGCCUUUCUCUGAAAUGGCAUAUGCUCUGGAGACUGAGAGGCUGGGAGGAGCGUGUACUAUUCAGAUGGUGGUUCAAGGUCAUAUUAUUAAAUAUUUGCUCUUCGACCAGUCAGUAAACUCAUGCACAAUGCGAAGUAUGGUGACGGUAGGGGAGAACGAGCAGAGGAAGGCCCUGGCAGCCGCUCUGUCUGACAUCUUGUGGACAGCUGGUGAGGAGCAGACCGCUACCGUCUGCUUGGUCACAUCAGAGCGCUGUUUUACCCCCCACAUGGACUACAAACUGGACAACUUCACAGAGAGGUUGCAGAUUUUCACCUUUAAAGAGAAAGAAGAUGUUAGAUCAUUUAUAUGGGAGCACAUCCAAUGUUUUAAGGAAGAAGGAAGCCAUGGCAUCAUACUUUUUCUGUACAGUCUUAUCUUCUCCAGGACUAUUGACAAGAUUCGGGCAGACUUUGAUUGUACCACCACUCAUCUUUUGCAUUUGAGCUUGGGGAACUUUGUUUGUCGACAGGCUUUAUUAAACCUGUUGCUGACCGGCCACGCGACUCCUCAAGUCUUCAAUGGUACAUCACUGAACGAUGAGCAACACAAAGCUCUCCACGGGGUUCUGACACGCAGUCAUGUCGGAUAUCUGCUCUGGAACAGAGAACAAUUCAACCAUGCACAGCUCCCCCUGGUGGGCAGCAUGCUGAAAACCCCCAGGCUGCCUAUCUGGGUGUGCAACAUCAAUGGCACCUACAGUGUUUUAUUCAGCCCAAACCGUUCGCUGCUCUCAGACUGGAAAAUGGAGCAUCUUUUCCAGCUUUACUUCUACAAUGGCUAUCCAACUCAGCUCAGCACAACAAUGCUCACCAUAGAUACACACUCCCAUCACUGGGAGGCUGAACAUAAUGAUAUUCAAGAAUACCCUGAAAAAAAGUUUCCAUCUGUAGAGAUGACCAUUAGGACCAAGUGGGAGGGAGCAGUUAUUGACUGGAAUGGGACAGUGCCUUUUUUCUGAAGAGAUUUGAAGCAGGGUCACCUGAUUUGUAGCAUACAUCUCCUGGCCUGAAAUAGAGUAUUUUAUAGACUAACAUACUGUAGGUUAAAAUUUGGGCUUUACUUUUGACUUUCAGUUUGGCUUGCGAAUCUUAAUAACACGAUUACCCUUCACAACCUGUCCAUUUGAACAUCUCAGAAUCUGAGCAUUUAAUACAUGAAAACCUUAAAUAUGUAAAACAUGUCUUUUGUAAAACAACAUCUUUUGUUUGUUAAAAAUAGAUUCAAAUCUGGUACACAUGUCCCUUUCCGGGCCUAUAUUAGCCCCCAUACUGUUUUUGUCCUUCUAUUUGUAUCUGACAUGGGUUCAGAUUGCUAGUAUCAAGUCUCAAGUCAUGACAGAAAAAGUGAAAGUGAAAGUGAAGUGAAAGUGAAGUGACAUUCAGCCAAGUAUGGUGACCCAUACUCAGAAUUUGUGCUCUGCAUUUAACCCAUCCGAAAUGCACACACACAGAGCAGUGAACACACACACACACUGUGAGCACACACCCGGAGCAGUGUUCAUCAUUUAUGCUGCGGCGCCCGGGGAGCAGUUGGGGGUUCGAUGCCUUGCUCAAGGGCACCUAAGUCGUGGUAUUGAAGGUGGAGAGAGAGCUGUUCAUGCACUCCCCCCACCCACAAUUCCAUCCGGCCCGAGACUCCAACUCACAACCCUUCGAUUGGGAGUCCAACCCUCUAACCAUUAGGCCACGACUUCCCCUAAAAAAGCUGAUAUCUAUGUAACAUAUUUUUGAUUGUUUAUAGAUUGAACUCCUGACUGUAACAUUUGGUUUACUUGUAAGAAUGGGCAAACAAAUAACAGUAAAGUUAUAUUUUAAAAAUAAAAAAUCAUGUAAAUUCAGUGAGUUAUGGCCUACAGGGUGAUUGAAGGAAGACAGAAAGUACUGAAGAUCUGCAUUAUAAGGAGCUUUACUUGUAGCAAUAUUUUAACUGUUCAGGACUCUAACAGGUGUUCAGUAUAGAAAUGAUAGAUUACUACUGAAUAUCAGAUUUUCUGAAUUUGGUAAAAACAACAGAGGACUUAAGACAAAGCCUUGUGGCACAUCACUUCAAUAUGCAGUAAAGGUUCUUAUUUGAUGUAGUUUAUUAUCAAAGGCUAUAUUGACAUAAUAGGAUAUACACGUUUAUGACAGAAUUAUAGUGCAUUAUACAAAAGAAAUAGAAAACAUAUUUUAUAUACUGAGAUACA